UUGGUUUGAAAAAGAGCCCCGCCCUCCUCCUGCCUCUCCUGGAGCCUUAUAACCAGACGCCUGUUCUUCAGACUCGCAUACCCAAGAAACGCACCGGACUUGAGCACAGUUACGAGCCCGGAGAGCAGACGGAAAGCAACCUGACGGAAUAUACGCUGUUCGCAUUUGUUUGUUUUCGAGAAGCGUCUAGGCUGAGCGAAGAAGACAUGGAUUUUCUGAACCACAACUACUUGAGCGCGCGCGCGCCCUACGAUUACACCUUCAAUUUUUGGAAUGACUAUCUCGGCCUCUCCACGCUGGUCACCAAGAACAACAAGCACAGCAUCCCCCAGAGUCCCAACUCCAUCACGGAGUCCCUGAAAGCCACUCUGGGCUUGGACGACAGCCCUCCGUGCCCGUGCGUAAUCGCGGCCGGCGGCGACGGCGACAGCGGUGGACACCUGGACUCCUGCUGCUGCCCCCCGCCCGCCCCCAUCUCCAUCCUGGACCUGAAGGAGCGCUUCUCCAUCCUGAGCCCCUUCCAGAACCAGAACCAGGGCACGGGAGGACUGCUGUCCUCCUCCCAGGAGCGGGAGAUGGCCAUCGGAGGGAGCUUCGCGGGAUUUGAUCUGUUCGGCGUGGAGAGGAAGAUGAGGAAACCGGUGGCGCGCAAUAAGCAGGAGCCCAAGAUCUGCGUCUUCUGUCGGAAUAACGGCGCGCCGGAGGAGGUGUACGGCUCGCACGUCCUGAAAACCCCGGACGGGAGGGUGGUGUGCCCGAUCCUGCGGGCGUACACAUGCCCCCUAUGCAGUGCCAACGGGGACAACGCGCACACAAUAAAAUACUGCCCUCUCUCCAAAGACCAGCCUGCCCAGAGAGUGCUGAAGGGAGGCAGAGCUGUGGGUGGUAAGCGAGUGAAAAUCUUCUAAAAAGACUCCUGUAGACUUACAUGUAUUGCACUGAACAAUUUCUUUCAGAUGACUGUUCUGAUUGACUGGCUUUCCGAGUCUUAACUACUAGGCAAACAAAUAAGAUGAUAUCAAUGUUUUGUUAAACGAAAAAAAAAAAAAAAAAAAAAAAAAACUCAUAUAUUUUUAUAGAUACUUUAUUUCCAUAGUUUAUUGCAUACUUUAUUCAUAAAAAGCUAUUCUUUUUUCCUUUUCACGCAUAGGUUUUAGAUGUUUAUUCACGAUUCAUAGUCACGUUUUGUGUGAAAUAAGAUGUUAUUUUUCUUUAAAAUGGGAAAACGUGAAUGUUGGCACCAGAGGAGUUGCUCUUCUGUUCAACUCAAGUAUUUUCUUUACUGUAAGCUAAGCUUGCACCUCGUUUUUGUCUUUAAACCAAAGUUUAUUUUGCCAUUGAGCGAUUUUAAAGAAUGUUCAACAUUUCUUCAUUUAUGAACUCUAGUCCCAUUCCGCUCUCUCUUGAAAGUCCACUCCGCAGUUUCCUGACAUUUGCCAGCACGGACGCGCAGAGCAACACAAUAGAGGCUCUGUUGCGCGUUCAUGUUGUCAGCAUAACUUCAUAAUCGGCCAAAAUAUUUCCGAACCCACUGACAGAGCUGGGCAUUUUACAUUGCAGGGUCCAUGUUACAGAUGUUACAUCACUAAUGUUAAGUGAAUUUCCAGCAGCUUCAGAAAGCAGUGUUGCUCAUUAGUGCGUAUAGCAUGAACGCUGUAAUGUAAAGUGUGACCGCAGUCUAUUCUUCUGUAUGAGGUGCCCUUUCAAUGUUUACACCCCUAGUAAGGGGAACACACACUGGAGAAAAAUAAAUCAAAAUAAAGUAUGUUUUAUGGGUGCCUCUCUUCAGCUCCAUACAAAGUUCACCUUCUCCAAAACAUCCUGGGUGAGCAAAGGGGAAAGGGAGAGGUUUAUGUCAAACAAACAAAGGGUCCACGGUGGAAUAUAGCACGUAUGAAUGUUCUUAAUAAAAAAGCUUUUUGUAAAAACAAUGUAUUUGCCCCUUUUUGCAUUAUGUACAAGAAUAACCCCCCCUAAACGCAAGAACAAAACAAAAAAAGGAUGCAAACAUAUUGUGAAUGUACAAUUUGACACUUGCAGGACUGCACAUUUCUGACAGUUAUGUUUACCAAAGGAAUUCAAUUUUAAUGAAGUAAGGAGCAUAGAUUUGCUGUAUUGUAAAUAAUUACCGAAAAAAAAAGGAAAAUAAUUAAGUGAUGUCUAUUCAGUAUUUUACCAUUUAAAAGUGACUUCAGAGGGAACUACCUCACCAAGAUUUUGUACUUACAUGUAAAAUGUCAACAGCAGUUUAUUAAUAUAGUGUACCAUUUAUAACAAGGGUUUCUUAUAGUAUUUUUGAUCUUUGUAUAACAUAAUUGUAUUUUUUUUUCAGUGCAUUCUACGAACGAAAGUGAAAUCCCAAUAAGCUCUAAGCAUUGUUUGCUAAUAGGUGACAGCUGUACAUAAUAUUAAUGAUGAUGAUUAUAUCAUGCAUUUUAAGUUGUUGUUCAAUGUGACGUUCUUGGUUCGUGAGAGAGAGACUGAGAAUCAAAUGUUGAAGACAUCAGCCAAUUUGCCACUUUUAACUGAGGUUUGUAAUUAUAUUAAAAGAGUAAAAAAAGAAACACUGUUGAAUUUUCUUAUUUAUAUUUUGUCACAAAUUCCCUGUAUGCUGCUGUGCAGAAAUUAAAGAGAUGGAUUCACUAGAUAAAUAAACAGCUUCUGAAACAGUUUAA